AUGAGUGAUAGCAUAGAUGAGAAGCUACGAAGUAUUGAGAAGGAGGUUGAUAGAAUGUGCUUGCAGAGGAAGCUGAGCAUAGAAGCGGAAUAUCUUAAGAGAAUAAAAUGCAGGAAGGUUUUGAGAUGUUAUGUGAAGAUCGAAAUGAAGAACGGUCUGUUUAUACGAAUGGACAGCAGGGUGAUUAAUGACUACAAAAGCGGAGGAGAAAUGAAAUUUUCAGAUGUUGUGAAGAGGUUUUGUGUUGUCUUGAAUAGCGAUCUUCGUUCCACAUCAGAGAUGCAUAUCGAGCAAUUUGAGAAGGGUAACAGUACAGAAGAUGUGCAACACGGCGUGGAGCAGGAUGCAAAGCAUGUUAGCAGAAAUGUGGAUGUGAAUGAUUUUUUUGAGUGGGCAAAGGGCAAAGAAGACAUAGAAGCAUUUGAAGUAAGUACGAAGAAGACACCAGAAAUCAUAAGGCUGGUUUUUGAGCUUGAGAAUCCGAGAGGCAUCUGGAGACUUUCUCCAAAGCUGAGUAUGCUGCUGAUGAAAUACACAGAUACGAAACCGAAUGUGAUCACACAUCUGUGGAGAUAUGUUAAUAAGAACGGCCUAAUGAAAACAGGAUCAGACUUUGUCAAGUGCAAUCAGUCGCUGAAGGAGAUCUUGGGUGUAGAUGAGUUUGCCUUGAGUGAGCUUCCGGAUAUGAUAGUGCCGCAUCUUCUCCCUCUUGACUUCUUGACUGUGAGUGCUCCUGCACAGGAUGGAUAUGCGAAUAUAUUCGAUAUUCCAUUCGAGUGGGAUGAUCUGUAUCAGCAUCCGGUGCUGUAUUCAAAGAGGAUACACGCAGUUGACAGGAAGAUAGAAUCUCUCAGGCAAGUUCUGAAGAAAUGUGAAGAAAGAGAAAGGACUCUGGAUGAAUUUGCAAAAGACCCCGUGUGCUUCAUUAACAAAUGGCUGUGCAUCCAGAUGAACGAACAGUGCCACAGAACCUUAUUUUUCCGUAAUGAGGAGGUGCAGAAAAGAAUUUUUGAAUUAUUAAAGAGGCUGGAGUAA